AUGCCUUUGCAUGUGUUACACGAGGGCAAAGUCAUAGAAUUGGAACCUCCUGCAGAGGAGAUUCGUAAUGUAUAUUAUGAAUCUUCUAUUGCCCGCACCUCUUAUGUUUAUUUACUUAGGAAUAAACUUUCUCGUACUUUUAGAGACAUGAAAGUUUCUUGGACUGAAAUAGUUAUGAGUCCAUCAAAUCUUGGAGAAGUAUUUGAGUUAAAAGAUGUUUAUUUGAAAACAAGUCACACUAGUUCUGAUGAUCCCAAUGUAUUUAAUUUUAUGGAAGCUGUAAAUUCCAAAGAUCCAAGUGAGAUUUUGAGCGCACCCCUUCCUCUCGAGGAAAAUCUAUCCGACUUAUUUCCUAACGAAAUCAAGACACCUAAUGACCCAAAUAUUCGAAGACGGGGGGAUUGGUCUACUCACUAUCAAACCGUUCAUUAUUGUCAUCAGGGAUGUUCUGCUUACGGAGAAUUUGUAACGCCUCCCUUAGAAUGCCCUAAGUGCGGAACACCAACUAGACAAUCGAAGAGCUUCAUAAUUUCUUCACUUAGAGAAAAAGUUAGAGAAUGGUAUUCAAUUCCAAGUAUUGCACAUACUUUGAAAUCAAGAACUAAAAGAGCAAGAGACCCCCAUAAUAUUUGUGACUUUUUUGAUAGUGAUGUUUUCAUGAAGCUUAGACAAACCAAAAUCAAUAACCCUUCCUUUUCCGCUAAUUAUAAAGAAAAGAUUGACCGCAAAUAUUUCCAAGACGAAAAUGAACUUGCAAUUGCUAUUAACAUUACUACUGCCAGGAUUUACGAAAAUGAAUUAUCUGUUAUUGUAAGCGCUGUUUGUCUCAAUCUUCCUUACGAAGAACGGUACAGAAAUGGAAACGUUCACAUCAUAAGCAUCUUGCCGUCUUUCUCAGCUUUAAAAUUUGAUUGGAACACCGCCUUAAUUCCUUUAAUUGAAGAUUUUGCUGAAGCUAGUACUGUUGGUUAUACUGUUUACGAUUCUACUAUUAAAAAGAAUGUUACCGUUCGUACCCACGUUGUCGGAGUUUCUUCUGACUUCAACACUUCCCAAAAUGUGGUUGGUAUUGGUUUACGCCGUUCCUUUUUCGAAUGUCGCGAUUGCCCAAUUAAAACAUUAAUGUUCCCAAGUCCUAGUCACCAUGGUGUAACUCUCUUUAACUACGUGGGAAUUCCUUGUCAUUACCCACCAUACGGUGAUAGGUUCACUACUUUUCCACGCUCUACAAAAUUCGUUUUUGGAACCACUAGGUCUAAUUAUGGUACUGGUAAAUCAGAAACAUUUGAUGAAUUCUGCAUGGGGAAUGGAUUUAUGACCCCAUUAAAGUUUUUCACGUUAGGCUCAUGCUCCAUUGAAAAUAUCCACCUUCCAAAUCCCUCGCAUUUUAUGAAGUUUAACGUUUUCCAGAUAUUUUUAUUUUUGUUUGGAAUUACUAAUAUAUCAAGUUUCAGACUCAAUUCUACAGAAAGAUCAAAGCUUUUAAGUAUCAUGGAGAAUGCAAACCAGUUAACUUUUAGAAAUAAGAUUAAUCGAGUAACUUUUGAUAUUGAAGAUUUGAUUGAGAAAUCCAAGGCUUAUAUAGAACCUGAUAGGAGAUAUGACAUGGGUGAAGACCAGUGUUUUACUUUCUUGGAUAUAAUCUUUGCGGUUUAUCAGUUCUCCGGAAUCCCGAGUGUCAACAAACGUUUUAUUAGUGAGGAAGCACUUUUAUAUAAGGUUGCAUUUAUGGAAAAAUACCCCAGAGCCUUGAUUAAUGACUUUGAUAAGAGCGUUCCUGAACUUUUCAAGUUAUUUGAAAAAUAUAUUGUGAAAAAUGAUUACCAUCAUUUACCUGAGCUAAGUAUUUUUCUUCACAGUCUUAUUCAUCUACCCAAAGCUAUCAUAAAUUACGGGAAUUUUGAUUUUAGUUAUUCAAAAGCAUUUGAUGCAAUUAAUGAAUAUCUGAUGUCUAUGCCUGAUAUUCUUGACUUUAACACGCUGCAACUUGCUGAAAGUCUUGGCCAAAUUGGUGCUAAAUAUAGAUGGGCUGAAUCAGUCAAGUUUGAUGAUCAGUUUGAAUACGUUUAUUUGAAGCUAUAUUUGGCUUCUUCGAAAUACCGUCUUUUGAAGGAAAAAACCCCCAACUUUGAUUUCCCAACCCAUUCUAUGAGGUAUUACAAAACCAUUAGGUUUUUAACUCUAGAGGCUACUGCUAGUUUUGAUGACUGCCUGAGAUUUGUUGAAGAACCCGUGGAAAACUCCUCACCAUCUCAAUUUGGCUAUGCACAAGCCUUUAUUACAAUUAAUUCCAAUGAGUCAAGUACACUUCCUGGACCUUCUAAGAGUUUUGUCAUUAUCAAGAAAUUGGUACCUGGGGUCGUGAAGCCAAUUAGAGUUCAGCUCAAAAGCCUUAAGAUUUCCAAUGCUUCGCAAAAUACAGUCACUGCUGGCCAUUAUACCAAUGUAAAUUUGACGCACACAAAAGAUAGUUCGUUAUUUGAACCUCAGUAUGUUGUCGUGCCCUUGUCACAAGUGAUUGCACCUGUGUUUUUCCUUCAUGAUAACACAAAAUUUUGGUUUGGAUUGGAUCUUUCUUUUGUUAUGGAAUACAAGGACAAAAAUGGAAAGAAUGUUCGUCUUGAAAAGUUCACAAUGGGAGAUGAAUUUGAUUCGAAUAAGAAGUUGUAUCAACAAGAUGAUGAGGGCCUACCAUUAUCAACAAGUAUUGCAAAACGCUACCAUUCAAAGAAGAUUAAUAAAAUUUAUGUUGAUUAUGGACCAUUUAGUUAUUAG